GAAUACGGAUAUCAUUGCCUGUUCGCAAGACUGAAAACCCCCCUCACAUUCAUUCUCGAUGAGGUUGUCGGCCUUCAUCUUCUAGCUUAUCCGCUGCAGCUACAGAGUAUUGAUCAUACAUCUGCACAUCCAUUGGCGUCGACUUCUCGUCUUCGAUUCCACAAGCGACACAUUAAACUCCAAGAGUCAGUCGCAAAAGUUUUGGCGCCAUGCGCAGCUCCCGGACGUCCCAAAAGUGCGGAAUGCGGCUCGAUAUCCGAAUUCAUUUCUGGGUCACUCACGACGUGCCUCACGGCUUUGAUGACCCCCUUUCCCAACAAGGAGACCAAGACCGUGCAAACCAGAUUGCAUCCCCAGCCUAUACAGCCCUGCAAGUACACCACUCGGCAGGCUUGUAAGCCUCCGGCGCCGACGCAUCGGUUCGCGCCCCCUCCCAACAAUCUCAGGGGCUCUUAUCAUGGAGGAUAUCCGGAUAGCAAGGCUUUCCCCUCACGAACCGUCAAGGUCCCCGGUCUCCAGUUGAUGGCCGCCUUCUCGUCAGCAUCGGACCUUCGUCCGAUCCCGCGAUGUUCUGGUUCCGCCGCUGCCGUUCGCCAAGGAGACACCAAUCCUCUGAUCCUCAUUGCACCAACAGACGAGCAGGGUUCCGAAAAAGCAAUAUCUUGUUCGACUCUACGAGAGGCUUGCGCUAAUAGGUCAGUCGGCCAAUUCGGUUGGCUUGGUGUCAGCUCGGAUGUUUUGGAAUGCCCUCCCGGGGCGCCCAACUCUCAAGUCCCAACUCAAUCCAGGGCUCUGCUUCUCCAAAAACCAGGCACAGGGAACAAGCAUUCUGCAAAUGGCGCGAGCACCUCUAACGACAGCAAACAUUGCGGAGAGUGGGGAUGA